CUCCUCCUCCUCCUCCUCUUCUUCUUCCUCUUCCUCAUCGCAAUUCCUUAUUCUCUUCAUUCACAAUCAGAAUAGCUCACCAUGUCCUCUCCUCCGGGAUCUUCACCGCCCCCUCCUGAGGAGCACACUCCCCGUCCAGCAAACGCUGCCGCCACAUCCAGAAUCGCCUCCUCGCCGCUCUUCUACUCCUCCUCCUCGCCCGCGCCCUCAAACUCCCUUCCCAGCGACGCCGAGGACAUGCAGGUCGACGACGGAGCUUCCUCUAUUGCGGAUAGCACGCCGCGCGCGAGCGCAGACAGCAGAAACACGGCGCGCAGAAGCAGGCUCGACGAGGUGUCGUCGCCGUUGAGGUACUCCUCGUCGUCGCCUGCCCCGCGCGCGAGGAGAAGCAGCAGUGCGGGCAGAAGCGCCGCUCGGUCUAGCAAUCUGCGUUCUGAACUAUCUGACCACCUCUCGACCCCUCGGUCCGCCCGUCGCAACCGCGGAGACAUCCACUCCUCCGGCAUGUUUUCCACCCCGCUGCACCGCACGCGACCAAACGGUGCCGCGGCAGGAGGCCACCCCUCUUCCGACCCGAGCAACCCGCCGUCAUCGUCGUCCUCUAACGCAGCCACCUUCUCAGCCGGCAACGACGGCUCCGACGCCGCGGUUCCGUACCGCGUCGUGUGGGGCACAAACGUCGCGCUGGCAGAGUCGACCGCGCAGUUCACGGGCUUUAUCCAGGCGUUUCGGCGCAAGUACAGGCUCGUGCAGGACGGCGUCGUCGUGCAGCCGGGCGAGGGAGAGGAGAUUGUGUAUCUUGAUAUGCUGCGGGAUAUGUACGAAGUCGGCGUCACGACGCUGAAUCUCGACGUGCAGGAUCUGCGCGCGUAUCCGCCGACGCGCACGCUGUACUACAACCUGCUGCGAUACCCGCAGGAGCUGAUCCCUGUGAUGGACCAGGCGAUCCGCGACUGCAUGAUUGAGCUUCUGACGGGGAUGAACCUGACGCAGGCGCAGAUCGCGGACCACGAGGCAAAUAUGAUUUACAAAGUGCGGCCGUACAACCUGCGCGCGGAGGAAGGCGGCAGCCGGGGUCUGCGCGAUUUGAACCCGGGCGACAUCGACAAGCUUGUGUCGGUGAAGGGCCUCGUGCUGCGGAGCACGCCGAUCAUUCCCGACAUGAAAGUCGCGUUUUUCCGAUGCACGGUGUGUCUGCACCACCACAGCGUCGAGGUCGACCGCGGGAUGGUGGCCGAGCCGACGGCGUGUCCGCGCGAGCGGUGCAAGUCGAAGGAGUCGAUGCAGCUGAUCCACAACCGCUGCGAGUACGCGGAUAAGCAGGUUAUCAAGCUGCAGGAGACGCCGGACGUGGUUCCGGACGGACAGACGCCGCACUCGGUUGCGCUGUGCGUGUACGAUGAGCUCGUGGACGCGUGCAAGGCCGGAGACAGGGUUGAGAUUACGGGUAUUUUCAGGUCGGUGCCGGUGCGGGUGAACCCGCGCAUGCGGACGAUCAAGAGUCUGUUCAAGACGUACGUGGACGUGCUGCAUAUCCAAAAGGUCGACAAGCGCCGGCUCGGACUGGACGUGUCGACGCUGUCGCUCGAGACGGAGUUUGCCGAACACCAAGCUACCGCGUCGUCAACCUCGGCGUCGCAGCCGUCGUCGCAGGCAGAGGUCGAAGAGAUCCGCAAGAUCACGCAGGCGGACGUGGAAGAGAUGACUGCGAUGUCGAAGCGCGAGGAUAUCUACGAGCUGCUGGCGCGGUCGAUUGCGCCUUCGAUCUACGAGAUGGAAGAUGUCAAGAAGGGAGUUUUGCUCCAGCUGUUUGGCGGGACCAACAAGACGUUUGAAAAGAGCGGGUCCCCGCGGUUCAGGGGGGAUAUCAACGUCCUUCUAUGCGGUGACCCUUCGACGUCGAAAUCGCAGCUGCUGCAGUACGUGCACAAGAUCGCGCCUCGAGGAGUGUACACGUCCGGAAAAGGUUCGUCUGCGGUCGGUCUGACGGCGUACGUGACGCGGGACCAGGACACGAAGCAACUUGUGCUCGAGUCUGGCGCGCUCGUGCUGUCGGACGGCGGAAUCUGCUGCAUCGACGAGUUCGACAAGAUGUCUGACGCGACGCGGUCGGUGCUGCACGAGGUGAUGGAGCAACAGACGGUGUCGAUCGCAAAGGCGGGAAUCAUCACGACGCUGAACGCGCGCACGUCUGUGCUCGCCUCAGCAAACCCGAUCGGGUCGAAAUAUAACCCGAACCUGCCCGUGCCGCAGAACAUUGAUCUGCCACCGACGCUGCUGUCGCGGUUCGAUCUCGUGUACUUGAUUCUCGAUAAAGUAGACGAGCAGAGCGACCGCCGGCUCGCGCGCCAUCUCGCGGGCCUAUAUCUCGAGGACGCGCCCGAGACCGGCUCGGCGGAGGAGAUCCUGCCGAUCGAGUUUCUGACAAUGUACAUCUCAUACGCGCGGCAGCACAUCCACCCCGUGAUUUCCGAGGACGCGCGCGACGCGCUCGUCAAGGCGUACGUCGACCUGCGGAAGCUGGGCGAGGACGUGCGGGCGGCCGAGCGCCGGAUCACGGCGACGACGCGGCAGCUCGAGAGUAUGAUUCGGUUGGCGGAGGCGCAUGCGCGGAUGCGGUUCUCGACCGAGGUCACGGUCGACGACGUCGAGGAGGCGGUCAGACUUAUCCGCGCCGCGAUCAAGGAUUACGCUACGGAUCCGGUGACGGGCCGGAUUGACAUGGACUUGAUCCAGACCGGCACGUCGGCAGCGCAGCGCAGACUCAGAGGCGAUCUCAUGCGAGAGGUGUUGAAGGCUGUUGACGGGCUGUCGCGGGGCAACGUCGGCGGGGUGCGGUACUCUGAUUUGCUGAGACAUAUGAACGAGCAGGCGUCGGAGCAUAUCGAGAACCUUGAGUUUGGCGACGCGGUCAGGAGUUUGGAGGUUGAGGGGCAGAUUGCGGUUUCAGGCGAGGGACCGAGACGGAUGGUGAGACGGAUGGGGACUGUUUAGGCGUAUGUGUGAGUUUGUGUGUUUAA